GUCUCGCGCUCAGCGGCGGGCAGCAUCAGGUCAUGUUGUCCGCGCGGCGGGAGACCUGCCCGCGUGUCACCUUCAGCGGAGCGGGACCUGUGACGGCGCCGGCUCGAGGACCCGAGGUCGGGAUGGGAGGGGAGGCGUGUCCUCACAAGCUGGGGUCGACCAAUCACCUUCGACUUCUCCUCUACAUCCUGAUUCCCACCAUGAGCCUGCUGGCCGGCCUGCUGCUGCUCGUCCUCGCCCUCACAGGUAUAUUUGGCAGCGGCCUGCUUGACUCCAGCCCCCUCCCCUCCCCCGAGCCCAUCGCCGACAGCGACCCUGGUUACCACAGCAACAGCACAAGCCCCUCCCCCCUCUUUGAGACGGAAAACGUCACGGCUUCGCUGCACAUUGACGAUGACAUCACAUACAGCGCCAGCACACCUGCUGCUACCACCAGCCUUCCUUCAGCAUCCUCCUCUCAGGCUCCGCCCGCCCAGACUUACACAACGCCUCCUGAUUGGCUGAGCUCUGUGACAUCACUCAGCACCAGCUGGCCGAUUAGCAGCACCGCGGCGCCUGACUCAGGUAGCUGUCAGCUGAUCGUGGAGCCUCAGUGUCACAUGUUGCCUUACAACCAAACAUGGCUGUCCUCCUCGGUUGCCGUGGUGAAGAGCUCAGAGGUCGACAUGUUGCUAAGGUUCUUCAGCUACCUCAGCAGACUGUCCUGCUACAGACACAUCAUGCUCUUCGGCUGCUCGCUGGCGCUGCCUGAGUGUAUCGCCGCCGACGGGACACACAACAGACGGGUCGUGCUGCCCUGCGCAUCGUUCUGUGAGGCAGCGAGGGAAGGCUGCGAGCCCGUCCUCCAGAUGUUCAACGCCUCCUGGCCCGACUUCCUGCGCUGCUCGCAGUUCAGCAACGUCACCUUUGCUUUGUCGCCACCAUCAACGCCAUCUUUGCCGUCCUCGCCAUCCUCGCCAUCCUUCCCAUCAUCAUCGCCCAUGGCAACAGCAGUCCCCGCCCCCCCCGCCUGUUACACGCCGAGACAGAUCAAAGGGAAACCCUCUGUGUGCGGCGGGAAGGACCACUUCCUGUGUGCGACAGGGAUUUGCAUCCCACAAAAACUGGUGUGUAACGGGUACAACGACUGUGACGACUGGAGCGACGAAACACACUGCGUGUGCACAGACGGAGAGUUUCGGUGCAGCACCGGUCGGUGUCUGUCGCCCGCUCUGGUGUGUGACGGCUACGACGACUGUGGAGACCUGAGCGACGAACUCAGCUGUGUGUGCAACCCGGCUCGUGAACAUCGCUGUGGUGACGGGCGCUGUGUGUCCAGAGACUGGCUGUGUGACGGAGACCACGACUGUCUGGAUAAGAGCGACGAGCUCAACUGCUCCUGUAAGAGUCAGGGUCUGCUGGAGUGCAGGAACGGUCACUGUAUUCCUUCUGCGUUUCGUUGUGACGGAGAGGACGACUGUAAAGACGGCAGCGAUGAGGAGCAGUGCAGCAGAGAGCAGACUCAGGGUGUGUGUCCUCCUGGUCAGCCCAGCUGUAUUUCCACUUCCUGUCCAUCAGUGUGCGGCGUGGGCAGCGCUGCCUGCGACCCCCGAACCAACAACAACAACAACUGCACCCGCUGUGAGCCCAUCAGCCUGGAGCUGUGUAUGAACCUGCCCUACAACCUGACCAGCUACCCCAACUACCUGGGCCACCUGUCCCAGAGGGAGAGCUCCGUGUCCUGGGAGUCCUCUCUGUUCCCCGCCCUGGUUCAGACCGGCUGCUACCAGUACCUCAUGUUCUACGCCUGCACGCUGCUGGUCCCCAAGUGUGACCCGGUCACCCUGCAGAGGGUCCCGCCCUGCAGGUCUCUGUGUCGUAAUGCGAAGGAGAAGUGUGAGUCUGUGCUCGGCAUUGUGGGAUUGCAGUGGCCUGAGGACUCUGACUGUAGUCAGUUUCCAGAGGAAGGAGGGAACACAACCUGUCUGCUGCCAGAGGAUGGAGUCGACGAGUGCUCCCCCAGCCACUUCAAGUGUCGAUCAGGUCGCUGCGUCCUGGCGACCAAACGCUGUGACAGACACCUGGACUGUGACGACCACAGCGAUGAGGACAACUGUGGCUGUUCUGAGCGUGCUCUGUGGGAGUGUCCCGGCAGUAAGGUGUGUAUUAAAGCCAGUAUGAUCUGUGAUGGCUUCCCAGACUGCCCCCUGCUGGUGGACGAGGCGAACUGCUCGGUGUGCAGAGACAACGAGCUGUCGUGUAACAACCAUCAGUGUGUUCAUCGGACUCUGUGGUGCGACGGAAAGAAACACUGCUCAGACAGCUCGGACGAGUGGAACUGUGUGUCUCUGUCCGAUCGGUCGGGGUCUGUACUGACGGUGUUCAGGACGGCAGCAGAGUAUCAGGUCUGCGCAGACGAGUGGAACCACGAGCUCAGCAAACUGACCUGCAACCAGCUGGGACUAGGAGUUCCCUCCUCUGUUUCCAUGGUAACCGACCACCCUGGAGUCCCGGGCCGCCGGCGUUGGUUGCACGUCCAUCCUGAGUGGAGCCAGAGGAACGGAUCAGCUCUGCAGGCCCGCCUGGAGAAGAGAAGUCAUGCAUGUCAUUCCAGGAGGAGAGUAUCCGUGCUGUGCACCAGAGAAGAGUGUGGUCUGCGCCCGGCGGUGAGCAUCCACCCCCACAGGAAGAAGAGGAUUCUGGGAGGACGUGUGUCCCGACGGGGGGCGUGGCCAUGGCAGUGCUCGCUGCAGAGCGGUCAGAGCGGUCACGUCUGCGGCUGCGUCCUCAUCGCGCGGAGGUGGGCUCUGACCGUCGCUCACUGCUUCGAGGGGAGGGAGAGCGCGGACCUGUGGAAGGUGGUGCUGGGUCUGAAUAACCUGGAUCACCCAGGUGUCCACAGUCAGAGCCGCGGCGUGCGCUCCAUCAUCGUACACCCGCGCUACAACCGGGCGGUGGUCGACUAUGACAUCAGCGUGGUGCAGCUGGACUCAGAGAUCGAGGAGACGCCGUUCGUCAGACCGGUGUGUCUGCCUGAGCCCGCCCGACUUCCUUCUCCUGACUCCUACUGUUACAUCACAGGCUGGGGUCACAUGGGCAACAGGAUGCCCUUCAAGCUACAGGAAGGGGAGGUUCGGAUCAUCUCGCUGUCUCAGUGCCAGUCCUACUUCGACAUGAAGACCAUCACUCCCAGGAUGCUUUGCGCCGGUUACGACGCUGGAACAGUCGACUCGUGCAUGGGUGACAGCGGCGGCCCGUUGGUGUGCGAGGAGGACGGUGGUCACUGGACGUUGUUCGGCCUGACGUCGUGGGGCAGCGUGUGCUUCAGUAAAGUGCUCGGACCUGGAGUGUACAGCAACGUGACGCACUUCACUCCCUGGAUCCAACAACAGAUCUACAUCCACACGUACCUGACCGACUGACACAUACUCACACACACCUUCAGUUCUUCUACCUGUGCCUAUAUCUAUACUGAUAGCCUUCAGAUGCUACCUGCUGGAUGAGCAGUAGUAUAAACUAGUAUUACAGAUGCUAACGAGUUAGCUAGUAGAGCUAUUGUUGUCAACGAGUAAAUUACACAUUCAUAAACGCUCAGAAAUUAAUACUUAUUAUUUUUUCUACUCCACGGUGUUUAGUUUCUAAUGAACAACGACACACCAAAUGGAGUUUAACCACUGCUGAAUACUUAACGUUGGAAUUUAAGUGUCAGUGUAUUUGUAACGCUAAAAUAUUUUACUUUAAAAACCAUCUGAGUUUAUGUGGUUUGAAUUCCACUCCUGUAGAUUUUAUGUUUGUCAAAGCUUCAUUCUAAGGUUUCAGAAAUAAAAUUUAAGUUUUCACUAUUCAAAAAAAAACAAAAAC